GCAGCAUACAAGCGAACGCCAUGUUGCAAUUCUAAAGUUUUGAAAAGCGGCCGACAGCAAUCGUGAAAUCUGUGUUGUCUGGUUGAAAACAAACACUGGACCGGUAAAACCACCUCGGUUCGACCGGAAAAUAUCACCAAAAGCGAGCUUGGAAUCUGCUGCGUCGAACGAGCCCGGAUUUGGCCCCGAAACCAUGGCAUCCGACGAGGAAAUUGACGAAUCUCUAGCCGACGAGGAGGCAACCCUGGAUGAGACCGGACCGGACGUCUCACAGGCGGCCGAUGCCGAUGAGAACUCCGACGACGAUGCACUGAAGAGUCUGGCGCUGGCCCAGGACGAGGAUGAUGACUAUGAGCCGGAGGAUGUCCGCAGCAAGAAAAGCAAGAAGGGUAAGAAGCGCAAGGCUCGAGGAGAGGAAAAGAGCAAGGGUCGGAAGAAGAAAAAGCGAAAGAAGAACGACAGUGGCGAUGAGAGUGACUAUCGGCAAAGUGACGAUGGGGGUGCAGCUGGUGGCGGUGGUGGCGAUUCCGACUAUGAGAAGCCCAAGCGAAGCGGGCGGGAUAAGAAGAAGGGGAAGGAGGAGAAGAAGAGCGGCGGGAGUGGGGGAUCCGGUGCGGAUCGCGAUAUACCGUCGAUCGAGGAGGUUUGUAGUACGUUUAAUCUGACGGACGUCAGGAUUGAGUAUACGGACGAGGAGUACGAAAACUUGGUUACGUACAAAGCGUUCCAUGUGCACGUUCGGCCUAUUCUGAUGAAGGAAAAUCCGAAGGUGCCGAUGUCGAAACUGAUGAUGUUGGAGCAUGCCAAGUGGCGAGAGUUCUGCGAGGAGAAUCCUCACCUGCAGGCUGAAGAAACGGAGGAGAAGGACGAGGAACCAACGCCUUCGCCGGAGUAUAUCCCGAAAUCGAGUCGAUCCCGGAACAAGACCGAAAAACGAGACGACGAUAUGAUUUACGACGAUGAUGACGAUGACGAGGAGGAGGAACUCGAGCGGGAGAAGAGCAAGAAGAAGGGCAAGAAAAGCUCCAGUUCUAACACGAAGAAGGCAAAGAAACCGAAAGUUCCGACGCUGAAAAUUAAGUUCGGAAAGAGGAAAAACGCCAGCUCCGAGGAAGAUCAAGAUGCGAGCGGUGGGUCCGAACGGGAUUCCGACGCCGAGUUCGAGAAGAUGCUCCAGAAAUCGGAGGAAAAAGCUGAUAAGGAGAAGGAAAAGACAGAGGGGGAAGCAGCCGAACAAGCGGAGGGGGCCGAUCCACCGAUUCGGAAGAAGGCUAAGACGAAAAUUGGCAACAAGUCCAAAAGAAAAGGGCGCGCAAAGAAAAGCAAAUUCCCCGAUGGGGAGGAUGGCGAGCACGAGCACCAGGAUUACUGCGAGGUAUGUCAACAGGGUGGCGAAAUUAUUCUCUGUGAUACAUGCCCCAAGGCUUACCAUCUGGUUUGUCUGGAUCCAGAGCUGGAGGAUACGCCCGAGGGCAGAUGGUCUUGUCCGACGUGCGAGGCGGAAGGCCCUGCGGACGAUGACGACGACGAGCAUCAAGAGUUUUGUCGAAUUUGUAAGGAUGGUGGCGAAUUGCUGUGCUGCGAUAUGUGUCCAUCAGCUUACCAUACGUUCUGCCUGACUCCCCCGCUGGAUGAUAUUCCGGAUGGUGAUUGGCGCUGUCCGCGCUGCAGUUGUCCUCCGCUGCCCUAUAAGGUGCAGAAGAUUAUAACCUGGCGUUGGACCGAUAAACCAAUCGAUCCGAACAAACCGUCGACUUCGAAGGUUCAACCGAUUCGGCGGAGAGAAUAUUUCGUGAAAUUCGCUGAGAUGUCCUACUGGCACUGUGACUGGGUUACGGAGUUCCAGCUGGAUGUGUACCAUCCGUUGAUGUUCCGUUAUUACACGCGCAAGUAUGACAUGGAAGAGCCUCCCAAAUUAGAGGAAGCAAUUGAUGAGGCGGACAGCCGGUACAAGCGACUGCUUAAAAUGCGCGAAGGCGGUGACAUAGACGAUGUAGAGCUGGAGGAAAGGUUCUACAAGUACGGUGUUAAGCCGGAAUGGUUGAUGGUGCAUCGUGUGAUCAAUCAUCGAACGAUGAGGGAUGGAAGAACGCUAUAUUUUGUAAAGUGGCGUGAGCUGCCCUACGAAGCGGCUACUUGGGAGGAGGAAGACGACGAAGUUCCUGGGUUGAAGAACGCUAUUGAAUACUAUUUGGAUUUGAGGGCGAAUUGCACCAAUGAGAUAAAUAGCAGUAGCGCCAGUGGAAGUAGCAAGAAGAACAAGAAAAAGGGACGCAAAUCGCGUGCCAAAGAGCUCGAGGACGACGAUCGCAUUGGUCCAAGACGCUACACACCCCCACCGGAUAAGCCAACUACUGAUUUGAAGCGCAAAUACGACGUUCAGCCGCCCUAUUUGGACGAAACUGGUAUGAGACUUCAUCCGUACCAGCUGGAAGGUAUCAACUGGUUGCGUUAUUCUUGGGCCAAUGGAACUGAUACCAUCUUGGCCGAUGAAAUGGGUCUGGGUAAAACCGUUCAAACUGCAACUUUCCUGUAUUCACUGUACAAGGAGGGACACUGCAAGGGACCCUUCUUGGUGGCGGUGCCAUUGUCCACCAUUAUCAAUUGGGAGCGAGAGUUCGAAACCUGGGCACCGGAUUUCUACUGUAUCACAUACGUUGGUGAUAAAGAUUCUCGGGCAAUUAUUCGCGAGCAUGAGCUGACCUUCGAAGAGGGUGCCGUACGUGGAGGUCGUGCCUCCAAGAUUCGGGCCAACACGGUCAAGUUCAAUGUGCUACUGACAAGCUACGAAAUGGUAUCGCUGGAUGCGGCCUGUCUUGGGUCGAUCGAUUGGACGGUGUUGGUGGUCGAUGAGGCCCACAGGCUGAAGUCGAACCAGAGCAAAUUCUUCAAAAUCUUGGCCAACUAUAAUAUCGCCUACAAGCUGCUGCUGACCGGAACACCGCUGCAGAACAAUUUGGAGGAGCUGUUUCAUUUGCUUAAUUUCCUGAACAAGAACAAAUUCAACGAUUUGGGCACAUUCCAGAACGAGUUCACGGAUAUUAACAAGGAGGAUCAGGUGAAAAAACUGCACGAAAUGUUGGGGCCCCAUAUGCUGCGUCGUCUCAAGGCGGACGUGCUGAAGAACAUGCCCACCAAGUCGGAGUUCAUCGUGCGGGUCGAGCUGUCUCCACUGCAGAAGAAAUACUACAAGUACAUCCUGACGCGCAACUAUGAAGCGCUGAAUCCGAAGGGAGGGGGUGGGGCUUGCUCGCUGAUCAACAUCAUGAUGGAUCUGAAGAAGUGCUGCAAUCAUCCGUAUCUGUUUCAGGCGGCGGCCGAGGAGGCCCCACUUGGGCCGGGAGGAAACUAUGAACUGCAGUCGCUUACCAAGGCCGCCGGAAAGUUGGUGCUGCUGGAGAAGAUGCUAAGGCAGCUGAAGGAGGGAGGUCAUCGGGUGUUGAUUUUCUCGCAGAUGACAAAGAUGUUGGAUAUCAUGGAAGAUUUCCUGGAAGGGAUGGGUUACAAGUACGAACGUAUCGAUGGAGGUAUCACGGGAACGAUCCGACAGGAGGCUAUCGAUCGAUUCAACGCCCCAGGGGCGCAGCAGUUUUGUUUCCUGCUGUCCACCAAGGCUGGUGGUUUGGGAAUUAAUUUGGCUACGGCCGAUACGGUUAUCAUUUACGACUCGGAUUGGAAUCCCCACAACGAUAUUCAGGCUUUCUCGCGUGCCCAUCGGAUCGGACAGGCUAAUAAGGUUAUGAUCUAUCGGUUUGUCACGAGAAAUUCCGUCGAGGAGAGGGUUACCCAGGUGGCAAAGAGGAAGAUGAUGUUGACCCAUUUGGUGGUGCGUCCUGGAAUGGGUGGUAAGGGAUCCAAUUUCACCAAGCAGGAGCUGGACGACAUUCUCCGAUUCGGAACAGAAGAACUGUUCAAAGAGGAUGGGAAGGAUGAGGAAGCCAUUCACUACGAUGAUAAGGCUGUGGCUGAGCUUCUGGACCGCACCAACAAGGGCGUAGAGGAGAAGGAAAAUUGGUCCAACGAGUAUCUGUCUUCGUUCAAAGUCGCUUCCUACUCGACCAAGGAAGACGUUGAAGAGGAGGUGGACACCGAAAUCAUUAAACAGGAUGCGGAGAAUUCCGAUCCCGCCUAUUGGGUCAAGCUGCUUCGUCACCAUUACGAACAGCAUCAGGAGGAUUUGUCGCGAACGCUUGGAAAGGGAAAGCGAGUUCGCAAGCAGGUCAAUUACACCGAUGGAGGUGUCGUUCAGGCGGAUGCGAUUAAGGAGGAUUCAACCUGGCAGGAGAAUGUUUCCGAUUACAACUCAGAUUAUUCCGGCAAUUCGGAAGAUCAGGGCGAUGAGGAUGAUGAUGAGGGUGAUCUGACUCGGCGCAGCAAGAGAAGAAUCGAGCGGAAAGAAGCCGAACGAGACAAUCGCCCGCUUCCACCGCUUUUGGCUAGAGUGGGAGGUAAUAUUGAGGUGCUGGGUUUCAAUGCUCGCCAGCGGAAGAGUUUCCUGAACGCGAUCAUGCGUUACGGAAUGCCUCCCCAGGAUGCAUUCAAUUCGCAAUGGCUGGUCAGAGAUCUUCGGGGCAAAUCGGAGCGGAAUUUCAAGGCGUAUGUAUCGCUUUUCAUGCGCCAUUUGUGCGAACCUGGUGCAGAUAAUGCGGAAACGUUCGCCGACGGAGUUCCCCGGGAAGGACUCAGUCGACAGCAUGUGUUGACGCGGAUUGGUGUGAUGUCGUUGAUCAGAAAGAAGGUUCAGGAGUUUGAACACAUCAAUGGAUACUAUAGUAUGCCAGAGUUGAUCAAGCGGCCCUGUGAACCGGUCAAGUCAGCGGUGCCGCUAGGGGACGGAAGCAGCGAAACACCCAAAUCGGCAACGACAAGCACCAGUGCCACUCCGGCCACCAGUGCUGCUCCAAGUCCCGCUCCAAUCGGUGUCGAUAGGGAAGAUGAUGCGAGCACCUCCGCCGACGAUAAGAAGGAAGUUGACGAGCGGAAGGACGUUGACCUUAAGCGGGAUGAAUCGGAAACUGGUGAUGGAGAAAAGUCGAAUGACGAUAAAAAGGAUGUGGAUUCCUCAGCCGAUCAAUCGGACGAAGUGAAGAAAGAGAGCGAAUCUUCGGAUGAUACUAAGUCAGAGGGAGAAAUCAAGCCAGAAGAGUCAAAGAGUGAUGCAAAAGCUGAAAAAUCGAAAGAAGAGGAGACAAAGAGUGAUAUCUCUUCGGCGGCAGACCUCAAAAAAGACGAUACAGAUGAUGAUGUUAAGAUUACCGACGAAAAGAAGGAGGAUAAACCCAUUCCAAUCGAUGACGACGAUGACGAUGUUGUCAUUGUCAAGGAUGAUGACGAGGAUGUUAAAAAACCACCUAGUAAGCCGGAACAUAUUGAGGUGCACAAGCGAACAUUUAUGUUCAACAUAGCGGACGGAGGAUUCACCGAACUGCACACACUCUGGAUCAACGAGGAAAAAGCAGCGGUCCCCGGAAGAGAGUACGAAAUUUGGCACCGUCGUCACGAUUACUGGCUGCUGGCAGGUAUCGUUACCCAUGGAUACGGCCGUUGGCAAGACAUCCAGAAUGACAUACGUUUCGCAAUCAUUAACGAACCGUUCAAAAUGGACGUCGGAAAGGGUAACUUCCUGGAAAUCAAGAACAAAUUCCUCGCCCGUCGAUUCAAGCUGCUGGAACAGUCGCUUGUCAUUGAGGAACAGUUGCGGCGGGCGUCCGUAUUGAAUCUUGCCCAGGAUCCAAGCCAUCCCGCAAUGGCUCUGAAUGCUCGCUUCGCCGAGGUCGAGUGUUUGGCCGAAUCCCACCAGCAUCUGAGCAAGGAAUCUCUGGCUGGAAACAAACCGGCCAAUGCUGUUCUCCACAAGGUUCUCAACCAGUUGGAGGAGCUGCUUUCCGAUAUGAAGAGCGACGUUUCACGCCUCCCGGCGACGCUUGCCCGCAUUCCACCCGUUGCUCAACGACUGCAGAUGUCGGAACGAUCGAUUUUGUCACGCCUGGCAGCGACAGGAAACGCCGUUCAACCGAAUCCUCCACUGACUCAGUUCCCUGCCGGCUUCCAAGGGACGUCACUGCCCGGCUUUGCGGUGGCGGCUGCAGCCGCGGCGAAUUUCGCCAAUUUCCGACCCACCUUCUCGGUUCCCGGACAGCCGAACCCGAGCUACCCGAGUGGAUCUGGAACGUCCAAGUAAGGUCGGUCGCGAUUGAUUUUAUUCAUUAAGGAUCAACGUUAGGUUAUAUACAUCUCGUCGUAUACAACAUCGUUUCUGUAUUACGUGCUACUCUGUUUCGAUUUGAUGAAGGAAACACGUUCCUUGAGAGAAAAAAACAACAAAUUUUAGGGUUCCUCUUUUUUGUGUCGUAUUUUCCGUUCCGCCACAUUCGAUUCGAUCAUAUUGAAAGCUACUUGUAUGUAAAGUUUUUUUUUUCUUAUUUAUUCAACGAAAAUGCAAGUGGAGGAUGAUACGCGUUGGUUAAGUAACAUAGAAGUGAUAUGAGCAAACUUACACCGUAAUCUUAAGCACUGUAACACAAUUUCAUCAUUUCGAUAGAGGUAAAUAAAAAAAUCUGAAAAAGAAA